AUGCUGCAUGAUGGUGGUCUUGACAACAGACCGCAUUACUUUGAAAUAAUGGGAGAUUUAGGAGAUUUCUUAGAUAAGUGGCCAGCUCAUGCUGCUGGCCGAUCUUAUGCAAGAUCUAAUGCAGUUGUUGUAAAUGGCAGAAUAGUAUCCUUAUCAGAAGUCGAAACAAAAAUUCCUAACCUUGUACCUAGACCUAACUCAAAACUCAGGCCAGUAAAGGAGUAUCUAUGGACUAUUUCUGAAGAAUGCAAUGAACGUAUACUGAAAAUUCAAAAGGGAGAAAAGCCAGAAAUAAACAAUCUAAAACGUGAGAUUGUAAGACUGAGAGAUAUAGUUUCGGAGUUGAAAGAAGAGAAGCUAAGCUUAGAAACUCAGGUUGAACAUUUAACUCAGUCACUAAAAGAAGAACAUGAUAGAUUUAGAUAUGAAGCAGAUGCAAAACUUUUGUUAAUAUCAGAAAUUAAUGCUAUGCGAGUGCAAUUUGACGAGAUUGAAGGAGUAGCUAAACAGACACAAAAUAAAGGAAAUCAGUAUGAUGAUCCCCUUCUGUUGAAAAUAGCCUUAGAUCAAGCAAGAAAAGCCCAGGCAGCUUCUGAAUUUGAAGUAGUUCAAUUAAAAGCUGAAUAUGUCAAUGUAAUGCCCAAAAAACGAUAUGAUAUGUUAAUGGAAGAAAACGUUCAGGUGAAAAGUAAAUACGACAAUAAGGUUAGAGAAUACGAAGAUCUGAAUGAAUCUUUUGGACUUUUAAAAACCCAACUAAGUGAAGUAAUUAAACAACGGGAUGCAUCAGAAAUAACACUUCAUGAAUUACAAAAAGUAUCAACACCCAGACCAGAAUGGAAUGAAGUUGGACGUAAACUACCGGGUGGUUUAACAAAAUGGCUAGAAGAAACUGAAUCAAUGACAUCACAAGAAAAAAUGCAUUUCCUUGUCAACCAAUUAACACUGCAAACUAAUGAAGACAAUGAAUUCAAUUUAAAUGAAUAUAUUAAGGAAGAAUUGAAUUUUACCCCAUCAUUUCUACUCACUGAAGGAAAUGUAAAUUUUAGGCAAAUGCAACUUAGAGAUUGUCUUUUAAUGACCCAUGAAUUAUGGACAGCAAGAAAAAAUGAGAGAGAUGAAACAAAGAUGAAAGCACAUCCACCCACUGGAACACAAUCGAAAUUAUCAACAAGUCAUCAGCAAAAGCAUCUUGAAGCACUAAAACCAUUUGAUCAAUUUGUAAAUCAUUUCUUUAAACAAAUCUACGGCAUUGAACAAAUUCGUAUCGAAUGGGCAUAUACAUUUUAUAGUAUGCUAGUUAAAGAAAAAAGUAAUUAUAAAUUGAUUGAAUUAAAAAUGAUCAUCAAUAAUAAGAUGGAUGAAGAAUGUCACUGGCAUUUAGAAUCAUGGUUAAAAUCAAUUAAAGAACAAAUUCUAAUAUUUAUUGAUUCAAACUAUAACAAUAACAGUCAUGGUAAUACAAUUACUCCUUUAUUAAAUAUGCAAAGUGAUCAAGAUAAACAGAAAUUAAUUUUACAACAAACUCUUUAUGAAGCUUUAUUAAAUAUAUUUGGUCAAAGAAAUUUAAACAAAUUAGAUAAAUUGAUUCAAUCAGCUUCAGAAUAUGCAAGUUUACGUACAAAAGAAUCAUCGAACUUAUCAUCAUAUAUAAAAGAGGAAACUAACUCUAAUUUGAAUCAAGUCAAUAUACAGCAUAUGAUUGAUUUUAAUAAAUUAUUUGAAAAUACAAAUGAUGAAGACUAUAAUCCUUUUAUAAAUGAAUUGAUCUCAAUUUAUAAACAGAUGAAAACAGCAUUUAUUAAUGAUGUUGUUGUAGAACUUCAAAAGUUUAUGUCAAAUGAAGCACAAUCAAACAGUGUAACAUUAGCUCAAUUAAAGAAUAUAAUUGAAACAAUAUCACCAUCUACUGCUGUCAAAUCAAAUUUACGACCAAAAAGUGGAAAAAGUGUUACACUACAACAACCAUCAUAUUCAUUAUCUCCUGAUAUUGAAUCAAGUUUGAAAUGGAUAUUUCGAAUUAAUCCUAAUGAAUCAUUAGUACAAAGUUUACCAUUGAAUAUAUUAAUAGCACGACUUGAAGGUUGUAAUCUGUUUUCAGAUUAA